AUGAAAAUCACGUCCGGAAGGCCCGUGGGGGACUCAACUUUUUUUAAGACCCAGGAAGGGGGCUUUGCGCUGUUUAUCCUGCCUGGGACAGUGGGACCCACCCUAUCGCCUUUGUGGAAGCUCCAACCAAUUGUCUGCAUGAGCAGAGAUCAAAGAGGGGAAAGGCGCAAAAAAGGUUGGGCACUUCGGACCAAUCGCUUGUGGUCCUGGUAUCCUGCCUGGGAGACUUGCGUGAUAAUCGUUGCUUGGGGCGGUGCGCAAGGGCGGACGGGUGCUGUUUGGAGCAGCUCGAAGCCGUGGUGGUCUACAUACUCUACAUACCUAGAAUACCUACCACUUUACUAUUCAGAGUACUCCCAUGCUCCGCCGCCAUCAUUCUCCAUGAGCAAUGCCAACAAGAAUGGGGAAAAAGCAAAUACGAGACGCGAGAGCGAGGCGACUUUUUUGGAUCAUCCCCAGACGAGCGCGUCCAUUCGGAUCAAAGAAGGAAAGUUUUUUGAUUUUUGA